AUGUCCCUAAAUAACUUCUUUAAAAAGAAAUAGUAAUUAUAAAAAGAAAAGGAGGAGACUGAAAAACAAUAGAAAAAAAUAGAAUAAGAAUAAAAGCGUAAUAUCCAAUCAGUGAAACUGAAAGCAAGAGCCUCUGAAAGAAUAGAAAAUUUUCAGGAGACUAUGUUAUCCAAAUAAUUUGUUGAAACUAUGAAAAAUGGUUCCUAUCCUUUAUUGUCUAUAAGCAAACACUCAUUUAGAGAUCGGGAAAAGGAAAAAGAAUUGGACAAAUUGGGUGGUAUAUAUUUGAAAACAUUUUAAGUGGCUAAAGACAGAGCAUCAACAGCUUAGAAGGAAUUUUUUUAAAGUCAUCUCUCAACUGGAGAAUUUGAAUAGAAUCCUCCAAACAACAAUUAUCAAAGAUGGCUACGACCUCCUGAUAUAUCGAAAUAAGAAAAACCGUUGAGAUUUGGAUUGGGGGAAAGGAGUGAAGUCCAAAGAUUGAAUAAGUAAAUUAAGAAUAUAAGUGCAUAAUUGGAUUUUGAAAACAAAGAUCUAAUUAUGCUAAAUUAUCCUAGUUGGAAGGACGAUGAAAAAUCUAAAUGGUUAGACAACAAAACCUUCAAUAUAUAUCCUUGUCUCUAUGAAGGGCCGAAGAGUUACUUCCCAUGGAAACAACACCCAAUCAAUUUGAACAACCAAAAUAAUUAAUAUGUGGAGGGCUACGAAAUCGUUGGGGAUCUUUCAAGAAAAAGAGAAAAAAACUAAGAACAUAAAAGAAGUGAGUUUAUUCCCACAGUCAAAGAAGAUUAGUUUGGAACUACUAUUCACAUCUCUAGAUCCAUAAGAUCUAUGAAAUAGGAUAAAAUUUUAAAUAUGUAAUCUAAUUAUGAUGAAUAUUCCACAAAUAAGUAAAUUGAGUUCUAUAAAACCACCUUAUUAUAAACUAAAAGUAUAGAUCAUAUCACUCCUCAUCAACAUAGCAAUAAUUAUAAAGGCCAUUCUUUACAUAGCUUAAGACCAUAAUAACCAUAUAAACUUUAUAGACAAUCCAUAAAUUAUCUAAAUUAAUAAAUAGUCUCAAAAUAACCACCUGAACAGUUACAAUAAAGCUCCUCUAAAAUUCAGGAAGAUUAAGCAAUAUCAUAAAAUCAAACUGCGGAAUUGUUCUUGCCAAAACAAAAGCUAACCUAAAUACAAGAGAUACCUCAGGUGCAAAUUUCAAGUUAACAGUCGAAUAAACCUUUUAGUAGAGAUACUUUAAACUCUUAAGGAGGAUCUAAGAGUAGAUUUAUGGAUUAAUAUAAUUCAAGGAGGUCCCAAUAAGUGGAGAUUAAAUUAGGUUAUCCCUAUAGACUCGAGAAUGAUGAAACCACAGCUGAAAUUAUGGGAAAAUAUUUUAUUGAAGAAUAAAAUUGA